GCCCCGUCCCGCAGCCUGAGGGGCCGGGGAGCGGCGGGCGCCAUGGCGGGCGGGGGGGCAGCGCCGGGCCCCGCGCCCCGCGUCCCGCUGCGGGCCCUGCUCCGCGCCCUCAACGCCCUCCUCAGGCAGCGCCGCCACCGCGCCGCGCUCGCCGCCAUCAAGGGCUUCCGAAAUGGAGCCGUCUACGGGGCAAAAAUCCGCGCCCCCCACGCCCUGGUGAUGACUUUCCUGUUCAGGAGCGGCAGUUUAAGAGAGAAACUGAAGUCGAUCGCUCAGGCUACGUACACCCAUUCCCGGAACUUGGCGUAUUUUGUGUUCACCUACAAGGGGCUGAUGGCGUUGCAGUCCUGGCUACAGGGGAAAAAAAUCCCAUUUCAUUCUUUCUUGGCAGCCUGCAUUGGGGGUUGGUUAGUGUUUGGUGAGAACAAUCCUGUCAACAGCCAGAUCGUUAUGUACCUGCUGUCUCGUAUCCUGUUUGGCUUGUCUCGGCUGGCGGUGGAGAAGGGCUAUGUCCCGCAGCCCAAGCAGGAUCCCUUUCCACUCGUUGCUGCUCUGGUGUGGGGAACAGUUCUCUGGCUCUUUGAGUACCACCGACAGACUCUGCAGCCCUCCCUGCAGGCCUCCAUGACCUAUCUGUAUGACGACAGUAACGUAUGGCAUGACAUUUCGGACUUCCUCAUUUACAACAAAAAGCCUGCAAGCGAGUAGUUGGUUCCUUGGAAAACACCUGUGAACAUGACGGUACCUAAGGGAAAAGGUUGUUCUGUCGCUCUCGACUGGUUAUUAUUAUUAUUUUUUUAAUUAACUUCUGUCAAGGAGAGUUGCCUCUUGUGUCCUGACCAAAAUGUUCUGAUCAGUCUUCUACUAGCUCUGUUUAGAGCGAGUUAAUACCCCGCAGAAACUUGUUGCAAUGCCUCAGGGAGAGUAAAAUGCCUUGGGAACCUUCAGUUAAAAUCAGUCUUCUUUUAAAGAUGCCUUAUUUUUCCUGUGAAUGUUUUUUUUUUUGAUUGGUUGGGUUUUUGUUUCCUUUUAAGAAAGGAAAUAUGCUCGUAAAAUGGCAGCUUGACAGUAAUUGGGGAAUAGGUCUAAUCAUGGAAAAAAUGCUCUAGGAGUUGUCUGGGUGCUCACGAGAUGGAAGCAUUUUUCUGCGCUGCUGUGCUCCCUGUCGUGGGAAGAUGGGAGUGGGAGCCCUGCUCGGUUCUGGAAGCUGAGACAUAAUUUCUUGAUUUCUAAAAUAUUGCAAGGAAGGUUGUGUGCUCCCUAAGAGAGUUCCUCUGCAAUCUUUCUUCUCUCAGGGAGGCAAUAAGAUGUUUGAGAAUAAAACUUCUGAGAUUCUCUCUCACGAGUCUGGUAAAUCAGGCUUGGAAGGAAUAUUUUUUUUCUCAGUUUCUUUCAUCCACUUGGGCUGCAUCUGUCUUUCUACCCAGUGCACUAACUUAAUACCCUGUAAUUAUUUAAAACUUAUUUGUAAAGCUUUUGAAAGCUGCUUAAAUUAAAUACCAGAAACAGUUACGCAAUUUAAACUCCUUUGAAAACCGGCUGAGGCACAUUGCGUGCCCUCGGCUGUCACGCUGGGUACUUUAUACGUAGCAGUGAGAUGCACUUUCGCUUUGGUGGAAGCCCGUGGGUCCAGAGUCCACCCCCUGCACCAGUGGGACGACCUCGCUGUCAUCAAGCUUGAAUGUACGUGUAGCUGCUGCAGUCCUGUCGCUGGGCCAGGCUGAGGUCACGCAGGAGUAUUCAGGUGGCUCUUCCUUUAAAUGCACUGCUGAGCCCCACAAACAGCACGUGCCAGGCCUUCACUGAGGGUUGACUGGCCAGCUGAGAAAUGCUCCAUUUCAUCAAAACAAAAACUUUUCAAGUUGAUGAAAUCAAACUGUUAACAGCAUUAAGCACUGCUAGGUCUGUGUGACACUAAUCCAUUCGUUCACUUAAUGACGGUGUGUAAAACCAGUACGUCAGGAAUUAUUUCAGUGUGAUAUCACAAGAGUUAAUAAGCUCCCUGUGCUGUUCCCUUUUGUCUCAGUCAAUAUUAUUUGUUUCUUGCUCUUUUACCUUCUCUUGUCUAAAAGAAGUUAGCCGUCUGUGUACACAUCCACUUUUCCAUCCUGACCUUGUUGUUUCAUAAUCCCACUGAUGGUGCUCUUCAUCAUUUUUUGCAGUCUCCUCUUUACAAUCCAAGCUCUAGCAAUUUGUUGUAUUUAAUGGUGUGACUGGAAUAGGAAGUCCAAGUUCAGGUACCUUCUGUGUAGGAAAAAGUUCUUGAUAUCUUAAAGAUGUUUUUCCUUCAUCUCGUAAACUUUUUUAUUACUACUGUGCAUCUUCUGAGUGCUGCUUUGCUUUUUAUUUUUCCACGCUCUCUAUCACCAAGAUGGAGAGUUGAAUGUUCCCCUCCCCACAGCCUGUCUGUUGCUGUGAGGUUCAGGAUCGAAUCACAUCCAGAGAGGCUCAGCUUGAGUAGAAAUCAAGUCUUCUUUUCAGUCUUGACCUACGUCUGACACUGAGGAGAGCUACGUGUGCUGUGAAGUCUCAGUGCAGAGAUGGAAGCAUCCUUGUGCUCAUCCCAUGCAGAUCCGUGACUACUCUUCUUUGUGCCCAGAAAACAAGGUAUUACCUUACCAUCACCUGUGGUCCCUUUACCUGCUGUCAUGGUCCGUCUGGAAUGUUGGGGUUGGAACACGGAACAGAAUUUUGUCAAUUUUUCUGGGCCUGGAGAAGUUAGGAACUGUUUUUGCACUUCCUUCUAGUUCAAUAUUUUCUUUUGUCUUGGUGAUCUCAAAGAUUCAAGUAGAGGGAGAAAAAAACAUGAAGCUGUAGCUGAGUUGUGAUUUCUGUGUAAGUAUCGUGUCUGUGUUUGCUCCGCUGGUGGGUGCCUGAGGCAGGGUGUCCUGACAGGGGCGUGCUGCACCUGACCUUUGUGGCAGAAACCUCAAUGUGGUUCUGAACGAGCGUGUUAAUAUUGAGCUAAUGUUGCUGAACAACCUUUGGUGGGAUUUGAGAAAACCCUUCCAGAAUCUCAGAGCAAUGGCUUGAGAAUUUCUUCCUAAAACUGUUAGACUGACAAACCCCAGGCCACAUGCAGUUACUGCAGCACACGCUGCGGCCUGGCUCACACGUGAGCUGUGUCUAUUUGAAGUUUUUAACAUUUUGAACAAAUUGCCAAUGUUCUUUCAGGAGAAGGGCUUACAGUUCUCUUCCACGUGAGCUGAUGUGCUUCUGCUAGUCGUUGUGAAGUCAGAGGGAAAUGUCCUUUUUGUGCUGCCACACGCAGUACCUCUGUCCUCUCUAGGUGGCAGAAUCAAGCCAACAGCAGGGCUCCAGCAGCAACUUGGCAACUGGCCGCCGGUCGUCCUUGGUUCAAACUGCCCUUUUUCUCUUGGGAAUCUACCGCCAACCUCACUUUCAAAGUAAAUCGUGCCUGAGACUCCAACCAUCUGUACUGGUGACCCAGGAACCAGCUGCUGUCCCUGGAAGCGAAGUGCAGCUCGUCCCAGGAGCAGGUUCUGUGCAGCCGCCGUUCGCUGCGCUUUGGGGGACGGUUUGUGCUCCUGCUGUGUGCGGGCAGGGCGCUAAGCUGCAAGUCACUCCUUUCCCCGGGGAGGUAAUUGGGACGGUUCCUUAACGGCAUUAGUGCACGUUGCCUCUUCUGCCACCAGAUAGCUGGGGCCGGACCCCUUAUGCUGCCGAUGUGCCGGAACAAUGCGGGCGUGUAGUAAGGAAGCGAACUAGAAGUAAUUUGUCUGAGUCAGACUUUUGGAUACAUAAGUGACACUCCCUGCCCUCCCCCAGCGCAUUGUGUAAGGAAUUGAGUCCCCUGUUUGUGUUCCUUUUUAUUAGCAUUAAAACCAAAAGGAAUAAAGAGACAGUUGGGAAGCCACCUGCGAAUCGGCCGAAUGCUGAAGGAAUCACAAAGGAGAGCCGUUUUUUCUCCCCGACCCUGAUCAGUUUUGAAUUUUAAGAUGAACAUGCUUUUGUUUGUCUACGUCGACCUUAUUUCCUCUUCUUAUUUCUUCUCAGCCACCUGACUCUGAGAUGCUGAGCGCCUCGAAAGAGGAGCAGGGCAUCUCCAUGUUUAGCUCGGUUUGUCAAAAAUCAGGAUUUCUGGAUAAAACCGGUGUGUUCGUUUUAAAUUGAUGCUCCUCCUUCAGAUUUUAAGCCUCUUUUACAGAGGGAACUUUAAAGGUUAAUGAAUUGAACUGAUCAAAAGUUUUCACCAAGCCUUGACUCUGUAUCCUGAGCUAUUAAUCAUUUAUUUUAUGAGUGAACAAAGCGAGCUGAGGGUUAUUUACAGCCGCCGCAUGCUGCCCUGGCAUACCUGCUGUGCUUCACUUCUCUUUGGAAAAUUGCUCUUACAUUAGUGUGCUUUUUCAGGAUUGCUGAAGGAAACAUGUCCGGGACAAUUACAUUAUUUAACAAGGGUGAAAGCUGAAUGGGUGCGUGAUAUUUGGUUUAGCUGAGGUACUGCAUCUGAUCUGUGCAGUUCAGGAGAGGGUCAUUCUGAAAGAAAAACUGCAGAAGAUCUUUGGUGUCGGUGCUGCAAGACUUCCUUGCCCCGGUGGAGAAGUUUAAGCUCUGCUUUAAACCGAGCUGGGUGUGGGGUGGCAAUGAUGGGAUGGCCUCAGGCUCCUGAAGCAGACCAAAAGCAGGUGUUCAGAACAUCCCCCCUGCACCCCGAGCUCUGCAGCCAGCUGGGAGCCUUCGUGGAUGGCUGGUGCUAGUGAAGGAACCAGUAACCACUGCGGGUAUCCUCUCGAAGGAGAAACUGGUAUGACUCAAGCUCAUUUUCACUGCCUCAGCACAAACACGACCUUUGGAAAAUACCCUGAGCCGCGCACUGUUUCCUAUUUGUCAGGUUGUGUUUGUCUGCCUGGAUCCUGCUAACCUGAGCAGACUGUGCUCGCCUUUCUGGUGCUGGUUUUGAAAUCCACCUGAUAAGGAGUAGAAAAAACGAGGCGUAAUGCUGCCCAGUGCCAUGUCUGGCUGCCACUGUUAGUGUUGUAGGGGUGCUAAUCUUGAAUUCUCAACCUGUGUGUUCACACCAGAUUGUUGGAGGAGGUAACUUUUUCUCCUUUACUUAGAAUUUGCUUCUCUCUCAUUUCUUUAUGAGACUAGUGAUGAGGAGGGGAGGAACAAAUUAAAUGCUCUGUAAUGCAAAUAUUGUUACCUCUGGUUUUGGCCUCGCUGUAUUUUGCAUUCAUAAUUGCCAUGUAGUCCAGGUCCUGAUUGUCGGAUGGCGUAGGAUAACACUAAGUCCAUAACCUCAGGUAACUUGUGAUGAUGCCAAUCAGAAUGCUUGUGGCAACUCCCCGGUGGGUUUAAGCAGUGUGGAGGAAGGGGCAGUGGGGCUGGAGUAGCUCUGUCUGCUGUGAAUCAGCUUCCUGUGCAGCCGGUGCAGCAGUCAGCCUGCUGUAAGAUUUCUGCUCACCUCCUUUGCAGAUUAUUUCUGUAUAGUUGGGUUUUGAAGAUCAUGUUGUGCUUUCUAUAAUAAUAAUAAUAAACUAAUUUUUUGACUUUU